CAUUUGCAUUCAAGGAUGUUAGUAUCAAACCAAGAGUAGCUCUUCGACGAAUCCGUAUGCUAACGGGUAAAGUUUCGGCGAUUCCGUCCACUAACAGGUAUUUUUGCGGCCGAUUCCGUGACCUAACGGAAUACCCAUAGGCUUAGCAAGAGCCCUGUGGGGGAGGACUCCAGGGGAACAGUAUCAGCGUGGGGUCGGUGAAUGGGGAGGAAGUCAGAUGGUCUCCAGCAAAGAUUAGGACUAAGGGACCUGAGAGCACACACUUUUCAGCCACGAGCGAGGAAGCUGAAGAGUAAUUAUGUCUGACAUCCUCGUGAUGUGCUUUCGCGGUCUGUAAUUCGUGCUAGUCUUAUUAUGCUGCGACGACUCAGUGAACCCAACUGGGUUAGGUCAGAUCACUUCCUCGAAAGUCAUUGCCUCUUGCUGAAUACCGUUUAGCACCGCGAGCUUUGCUUGCGAAGGUCCGGUUGGACGAGCGAGCGAAGAAAAAACUCAAUCCGUCUAGUUUCGAGUUCGUUCGCGUCAGCACUUGCAUCCCUAAGUCAUGCGCAUGACUCCAGCGAUUUCGGUUAGAUGCUGACUCUGCAGGAACGGUAUUUCGACGAAAUGCUAAUUACCACGAAGAUUGUUCGGAAACGGCCGACGUCGCACAUUAGCAGGUCUGUUCGAACUAUGUAGGGGAAGCGAAAGCCAACGUAUUCGGGCACGAAUCUAGAACGGACAGCUAAGGGGAACCGCAUACGUUGCGGUAGCAAGUCUGUGAGUCGAAGUCCAACUGACAACGUUAUUUCCGUUUCGCGAGAAGCAGCGUGCAGCAGCCCGCCGAUUCAAAGCCAGUUGCCUUGAUAUGAUUCGACGACAUAUAGCCGCUCGUCGGAAAUCGAGCGGCGUAGCAGUCGGGUCGUAGCACUCCAGCCCCAGCCCGAGUCCGGUCAGGAACUAGAAGCAUCCAUCCAGGGUCGUCUCGUCAACGACACGGCCUGGCGUCAUGCAGCGUGGUGUGGCGCGUAAGGAGUCCGGGCUCCGCCGGUUCCUGAGCAUGCUGGGGCCUGUGCAGGUGGAGCCGCAGCCGUCCAACGCGGUUGCUCCGCCGCCCCCGCCAGAGCUUCCUGGGGCGAUCAAGUUGGGGUUCCUGGCGGAGCUGUCAGGGUCCCGCCGCUAUGCCAACAAUGACCUCGUGCCCAACUCAGGGGGUGCCUCCGGUGCUGCUGGCUACCCGUCGGGAGGCUCGGCAGGAGCACCAGAUGCAGACGACGGGGAUCUCUUCGGGAAUCAAGGGCUCGAUUUAGACGUGGAGAAGAUCCUAGGGCCCGCAGCAGAGCUUUCCAACUCCCUGGGCUUGCCGGCGCUGACUAGGCGGGCGGCUCAAGGCGGAGGGGGGUCUGUGGAUUAUGGGCAGGAGUUGGAGGAUGAUGCACAGUCGUCGUUAUCGAUGAACCGCGCGGAAGAUGCUGCUGCUGGGUCGUACGUGGGGUCGCACUUGCUCGAAGGGCUGGCUCCGUUGGGCAGCAACUGGGAGGAGGUGGAUGAGGAGGACAAGCUGAGGAGGAAGAAGAAGAAAAAGCAAAAGAAGAAGAAAAAGGAGAAGGAGAAGAAGAAACAGCAACAGCUACAGCAACAGCAAGAACAGCAACACGCACGGCCGCCAUGGCAGGAGGGGCAGCAGCAGCCCCAGCAGCCGCAGCAGCGACCUCAGCUGCAGCGGCAGUUACACAUGAGGCUGCAGGUGCCGCCAGACGAUCCAAUCCCGCCGCCGCCGCAGCUGCAGCAGCAGUGGUUGAAGCAGUCCCCUUCUGGGGAUUCCCUAGGGGGGGGCAGCAUGGAUGAUGGCUUCGGAGAUAGCAGGGGUGGGCGAGCAGGCAGCAGGGCAAGCAGAGGGUCUGACGGCGGGAGCACGCCCAGGAGCCACGAGCUCAUCGGGCAAGACUCUCAGACGCUAGUCUCCCCAGCGAGAGCAGCUGUGGGGGCCGUUGCUGCUGCUUAUUCCCGCCACAGGAGACCCGGGGGGCAUUUGAGUGGCCCGAGGGACGUGGGCGCCACAGCGGCAGGUGCGAGCAGCCCAGGAGAAGGGAACAAUGUGGAGGCGUCAGUUGUGGGUAUGAUGGAAGGGCAGUAUGGUCGGGAGAAGGGCGGUGCUGAAACUCCCAGGCAGCGGAGUGGGGCAGAAGGCGGCUUUGCGGUUCAAAGAACUGGUAGUGGUGUCGAUGUUGCUGAUACGGCACCUGCUGCUGCUCACCGCCCUGCUACUUCUCCUGGCGUUAUGAACGCCAUUGCUGAAGGGGUUCCCGUGCUGGGGGUGAACAGUGGUGCCACUGCUCAGUUGGGGUACUCUGUCGACUCGGCUGCUGCCAUAGCUGGCGUCAGGACAUCAGGUGCAGUUGCAGGAGAGGAGUCGAAAGGCCCUCCGAGGCUGAUGAGAUCGCGAGUGGUUCGCCAGUCGUCCUCCGUUGCGUCCAUAUCCUUUGAUGAGAUCGCAGAGGAGGCUGUGCUGCAUGCACAGCGCGAGCAGCAGCAGGAGCAGGAGCAGCGGCAGCAGCAGCAGCAGCAGCAGCAGCAGCAGGUGCAGGUGCAGGUGCAGGUGCAGCAGCAGCAGGUGCAGGUGCAGCAGCAGAAGGAAGGGGCAUUGAUGGGGUCGCCGACGCUUGGCAUGAUCAUGGCCGAGAAUGACCCUCUGAAGAUAAGGGACGGGCCACUGGACGGAGGGGUCAGUCCGGUGCCUGUCAAGUCGUCCUUCUCACGCGGAUUAGGGUCCCGGUGGGACGAAGUAUCGGAUCUUGGGACAGUGCGGGGCAAGCUGGAGCUAGAAGUGCGGCCAGGGCCCAGAGAGGCAGUGGGGGAGGACUCUGUUGUGGGCUUGAGGGAGGGUGCUGAGGGCGCUGUGGAGGGGUUCGGGCUUGGAAUGGGUCGGAGGGAGAGUGAGAAGGAAGGGGAGCGAGGGUCGUCGGCAGCGGGGAGUGUCGCUGGAGGGCAGGACGUGGGUGGCGGGUUACGGGAGCAUGAGAGGCAGAGGGAGAAGAUGAGAGAGCUUGUGAGGGAGAGAGCCAAGGCCCGUAUUGAGAAGAAGGAGAAGGAACGGACACAGAGGGAGGGGGGAAGGGAGAGGGGAGAGUCUGAGGAUGAACGGAAGCAGAAGGAGAGGGAGGCCCGGAAGGAGAAAGCGCAGGAGCGGGUGAGGGAAAGGAUGAGGGUGCGAGGGUUUGAUAGCGGUGCAAGCGACGCAGAUGGGGCUUCCAGCAUAGCCGGCAGCAGCAGAGCAGGGGGGUCAGCAUCAGCAGCGGGAGCGGGGGGGGCAGGCGCAUUGCCACUGCCCCCAGGGAUGUCAGAGCGGCCAGGGUCAGGAAAGGACAUGCUUGCUCCCCCGCUGCCGAAGCUGUUCUCCGCCCCCACAGGGGCUGCGGUGUUAGAGAGAAGGGGUGUGGCGGGUGGAGGCGCGGAGGAGGGUGUUCUGCCCCCACCCCCCUCGCACAUGGGCAGGCUAAGGCGGGGGCAGAGCGGGGAGUUCUCUGCUGGGGCUACUGUGGGCACUGGUGGUGCUGCUGGUGGCAGUUUUGAGUCCGCAGGUGCAGGGAGUGCGAGGCCUAGACGCGGAAUACUUAGUCUGGUGCAGAAGCCAGGGGAGGAUGAUAAUUCGUCUGUCUCAGCCAGGGAGAGAGUCAGGGAGAGGGAGAGGGAGCGAGAGAGGGAGCGAGAAAGGGAGAGGUUGGAGCGAGGUGAAGCAAGGAAGGAUAUGGGGAGAGGGGAGGGUGAGACAGUGCAAGGGCGGGGAGGAGUGGUGUGGGGUUUGCCGGCAGACGGAGAUCCCAGCACCAUGGCAGCAGCUGCUGCCGCCGCGGCUGCAGCAAGGGGUCUGAGCAGCGCUGAUGCUAGUAUGGGCGAGAGGGAGCGAGACGGCAUGCUCUCUUCCCCCGGCUCCAGCAGUCGAGGGGGGAGGGGCAGUGCGAGGGAGAACAGCGCAGGAGGGAGGGAACAUGGGGCAGGGCCAGGCAGUAUGGACGGGUCAGAAGGAUCACGAGCAGGGGCGCCCCCUGGCCCAGGCAUGGUCACAGGGAUUCCAGGACAGAUGCAUGGGCAAGGGUAUGCACAACAACCGUACAGGGCAGUCCCAGGGGUCAUUCCAGGGCAAGUUGCUGGGUAUGUGCCGGGGCAGAGACGCGACGAGCAGGGCAUGGGCAACGAUGGGAGCACAGGAGUUGGGGAGCGGUGGUGGGGUGUUCGGGAGGGCAGGUACGGAAGGGAUGGUGGCGCGAUGGGGGGGAGUGGGAUUGGGCCUGGCAGCAGCAGCGGCUCAGGGUAUGCAGCAGCGUAUCCCAUAGCUAGGCAAGGGUCAGGAGGCGUUGCGAGUGGGGCGGGAGGAGGAGCGAUGAACCCUAUCACCCGGCAGGGCUCAUCAGGGGCUCUGAACGCGCCUGGAGGGGCCAUGGGGGGUAGCUACUAUGACCUCGUGCAGCAGCAGAGGGCCAAUACGGCAGCACUGGCGGGCGCAGGGCAGUAUGAGGCCGUGGGCCUGGGUAACUCUGCUGCUGGUGCAGACAGAUAUGGUGCUGGGGACUCUAUUGGUGGUGGUGGUGCUGGUGGUGCAGGUGGGGUGGGAACAGUGCCAGGGGUAGGAGGGCGGUAUGGGGGAGUGGCAGCAGGAAUGGGUGCAGGGUACGGUGUAGCAGGUCAGGGCAACUACUCCGGGUACAGGCCUGGCUUGGGCAUGCCUGGAGCAGCAGGACGAACAGGAGUCGGUGGGGUGGGAGGGUUUGGUGGUGGCACGUAUGGCUAUGGUAUGCGCAUGGAGAUGGAGCACAGGGUGCAGGUGGUGGCCAAGGUGGCGGACUGGCUCGUCAGUGCCGACAUGGACGCCCCGCCGCCCAGCCACGUGUCGCUGGGUACCCGCGACUCAGAGUACGGGGUGAGCGCAGAGCUCGAGGACGAGUCCCUCGCGGGCUCCAUAGGCGAGGGCCUCCGCCGCCCCAUGUCCCCCAUGCGCGGCCGCGACCCCCCUGUUCGGAUCCCGCUCCCCGCCUUCAAACGCGCAGGCGACGGGCCCGGCGGUGGGGCGGGAGGAGGAGGAGGUGGGGGGGCAGGGUCGGCAGCGGGGCGGUAUGGGUCAGGUGCGGCUGUGCGGCUGCCAAAGAACUACGUGCGGCGGCCGUAUGUGCCGUACUGGCGGCGUGAGGCAGCAGGCAGCAUGCCUGAGGAGGACGAGGAGGACCCGGCGCUGAAGCCCACAGUGGCACGGGGCGUGGUGGGGCAGCCCAACACGUACACGCCCAAUGUCAAGCCCCGCCCCAUGCCCGCUCCGCCCGCAGGACCGGAGGGAGGCGGGGGCAAGGAAGCGAAGCAGGGGGAGAGGCAAGCGUUGGGGCGGGAGGACGUGAGCGGGAGUAUUGAGUCGGGGCGGGUGGGUGAGAUGGUGGAGAAGAUUCUUAGUGGGAAGCUGGGAGACAGUGGGUGCAUGGGGGAAGAGGAGGAGGACACGGAGGAGGGGGAUGAGGCCCACACGGUGGACGUUGGGGUUAGAGUGAGGCGAGCGGGGAGAAGGAAGGUGAAGGGAGCGAGGGAGAUGGAGAAUGGGGGGAUUGAGGAAGGGAUCGAGGGCGAGGGGAGUGAGGGGAGUAGGGAGGAGGAAGGGGAGGAGGAAGGGGAGGAGGAAGCGGAGGGGGUUAAGGGUGAUGGAGGGAGGGGGCUUUUGAGGAGGGGCACUGGCGGCAGCAGCAUCCGAGCAAUCAAGGAGAGGUUGGCUAGGGGAGGUGCAGGGAGGAAGAGAAGGGAGGAAGACUCUGAUGGCAAGAAACCACUCGAUGGCAGCAUACCAGACGAGACAGAAGUAAAGACAGGCAACGCUCCCCCUCCCCCUCCCCCGCCUGGGGGCUUCAAGGGGAAGUUCCCCCCGCCGCCCCCCCUUGGGGGCAAGCGGGGUGGGCGCGCCAUAGUGAACUGGAACCCUGUGAACGUGGGGGAUGACUCCAUCUGGAAGGGCACACUGGACAUCGGGGUGAACAUUGACAUCGGCGAUCUGAAGAAGGAGUUUGAGGGCAAGAAGGUGGAGGCGCCCAAGCCCCUCAGGACUGUGGCGCCCAAGAAGGUCAAGAUUCGCCUGCUGGACGACAAGAAGGGGCGCAACAUGGAGAUUGCUCUGCGCAGCAUCAAGAAGGACCCCAGGGACCUUGUGCGCUGUCUGCUGACGUUGGACGCGGCGGCCCUGGGCGAGUCGACGGAGUCGUUUGUGGAGACGCUGCUCAAGUGCCAGCCGUCAACCGACGAGAACAAGAAGCUCAAGGCGUACCAAGGCGACUUUGAUGAGCUAGGGCCAGCAGAACAGGUGUUCCUGCUGCUGCUGCCGGUGGACCGCCUGGAGGUGAAGCUAAAAGUGCUGCGCUACCGCAUCUUCCUCUCCGAACGAAGCAAGGGACUGCUGGACACUCUUAACUUUGUGAUCUCGGUGUCGGAGAAGGUGCAGCAGUCGGCGCUGCUCAAGACUGUGCUGCUCGUCAUUCUGGAGAUUGGCAACAAGCUCAACGAGGGCACCAGCAGAGGUCGAGUGGAGGGGUUUGCAGCCAAGGACUUGAAGCAGGUGGUGCGCACCAAGGGCUUCAUGGCCUACCUCAUCAAGGUGCUGGGCGAGGGGCAGCCGGAGCUGCUGAUGUUCUGGAAGGAGUUCUUCAUAGGCAACCGCAACCUGCUGGAGGAGGCCCGCAAGGUGGAGUUUGGCGCGCUGCAGGAGGCUGUGGCCGAGGUGGAGAAGGAGGCCGAGGCCGCUAAGAGGGAGCUAGUGGCUGUUGACAUGCAGGUGGAGCGCGAGAGGGAGAGGAGGGAGAAGGAGGAGGCGGACAGGAAGACAGAGGAGGAAGGGGAGGGGGAGGAGGAGGAGGGGAGUUGGGAAGGGUUGAGUGAGGAGGAGAGGAGGAAGAAGGAGGAGGAGAAGGCGAAGAGGGCGGAGGAACUGGCUAAGGCUGAUCAGAAGGGGAGGGAGCUAGUGUCAAUGCAUGAGGCUCUGGAGUCGUUUAUAAAGAACGAGGUGGAGCCAGUGCUGGCAGAGCUGCAUGACCUGCGCACCCAAAUGACGGAAACAACAGCCACGCUCUCCCGCUACUUUGGAGGAGAUGCCAAGACAGCUCCAUUCACCAUCAUUGCUGAGGUGCUGAGCGAUUUCAUUGCCAAGUUUCGAACAGACCUGCUGGAUUAUGAGAAGAAGAAGAAGGCCCUGGAGGAGGAGCAGAGGAAGAAGAAGAAAGCACUGGAGGAGGAGCAACGGAAGAAGCAGGCCGAGCUGCUCAAGCAGCAGCAGCAGCAGCAGCAGCAGCAGCAGCAGCAGGCAGAGCUUGCCAGCGAGGUGGCUUCCAGCAGAGAGGGCUUAAUGAGGGCUGUUAGUAGAGGGGACAAGGCAGCGGCUGCUGCGAUAGCAGAGGAAGAGAUGGAGAAGGAGGAAGCAGGUGGUGAGGCAGCAGGUGUGGGUGCGACCCCACUUGCACGAGCAGCUGUGGUGGCUGCAACCAUGGCUGGACGGCGCACUGCCAUGGAGGAUGGCUCAGAGUCAGAUGAUGAUGAGGAUGAUGAUGACACGGUCGUGGUGGCGACACAGCCGCUCCAAGAGCCAGGGAGCGUGGGUUCCAGAGCAUCGACAGCGGCUCUGUUGCGGGCGCAUGUGCAGCAGCGGAGGGCGGUGGCGUUGUCGGAUGGCAGUGAUGAGGAGUCGUCUGAUGAGGAUGUGCCGCAUCGCGCAGCAGCAGCGUCUAUGCCGACGCCCUUGUGACCUGCAAUAAGUACAGUAGUCCUCGUUAUGGAGGAAAUCUGAUCCUACUGCUGUCAUGGCUGCGCAGUGCACUCCCUGGUUGCGUGUGUGCUAGUGUGUUAGGGUACAUGGCGGUAGUCUAGGGGUGGGCGGAGAGAAGGCUCUGUGCACGAAGUCCCAUCAUAUUUGCCCUUGGGGAUGCGAGAGUGAGGGCCACAAUGGCGGGCUUAGGUAAGCUUAGGUGUCAAUCCGUGCUGCACGUUCCAUACAUGUUUUAGUAGGGGUAGGUGUUUGGGGGUAUGAAUAGAUGGAAAGCUCCAGGCAUGUGCUCCAUGCCUUGGUUUUCCCUUGCAUGCGAAUUCCAGCUCGGAGCCAUGAAUGUUCAACUUUAUACAA